AUGCUGCAGUGCCGGCCGGCCCAGGAGUUCAGCCUCGGCCCGCGGGCCCUGAAGGACGCGCUGGUCUCCACCGACCCGGCCCUGCGGCAGCUCUACGUGGCCACCUUCUGCCCAGCUGAGAGGCUCUUCCUGGCUGAGGCCUACAACCCCCGGAGGACGCUGUUCUGCACGCCGCUCAUAUACACGGCCUUCGACUGGCUCCUCAGUCGCCCCGAGGCCCCCGAGGACUUCGAGACCUUCCAGGCCGCCCUGCUGACCAGGAGGCAGGCCCCGGGGCGGAGACAUAUCUACCUGCAGCCCAUCGAUGUGAAGGAGGGCCCGGUGGGCGGCGCCCUGCUGGACUCCCUGCGGAGCUGCACGGAGGCCUUCUUCCUGGGCCUGCAGGUCAGGUGCCUGCCCUCCGUGGCGGCUGCGUCCAUCCGCUGCUGCUGGCGCCCCAGCCAGGACUCUGACGGGCGGCAGCUCCACACAGAUGGCAUCCUGUCCUUCCUGAAGGACAGCAAGCCGGGCGACGCGCUGUGUGUGCUGGGCCUGACGCUGUCCGACCUGUACCCCUGCGAGGCCUGGGGCUUCACCUUCGGCACCUUCCUCCCCGGGCACGGUCACCUGCCACGAGCUCUGCCACCUCCUGGGCCUGGGGAGCUGCCGCUGGCUGCGCUGCGUCAUGCAGGGGGCCCUCAGCCUGGACGAGGCCCUGCGGCGGCCCCUGGACCUCUGUCCCAUCUGCCUGCGGAAGCUGCAGCACGUCCUGGGCUUCAAGCUGGUGGAGAGGUACGAGAGACUCUACGCCUGGACACAGGCCGUGGCGAGGACCUGGCCGGGCCGGGAGGUGGGGGAGCCCUCGGUGGCGGAGGACACCCCGCCCUGCAGCGCUGA